UGAGUGCUAUGACAAAGAGAAAACUGGGGGAGGAAACACCAACUACAGAGCCGUCUGUGUUGUCGCCGUCACCCCUGUUCAGUCCUGGUCUUACCGAGCGCCAACAGAUAGCACUAGCCAUGAAGUUGUCUGGGGAGUCCUCACAGACCGAUAACUUUAACUCACCUCGUCCAUCUAAAAUCAACAAAACGAAUAAGCACGGCGAGAGUCCGUUACAGAUAGCCGCAAUAAAGGGGGAUCUAAAGCAAGUUAAGCUGCUGAUUAAGCAAGGUGCUCAAGUCAACACCCGUGACCAUGCAGGUUGGUCGCCUUUACACGAAGCAGCUUGCAAAGGUUAUCUGGAUGUGUGUAAGAUGUUGAUAAAGAAUGGGGCUGAAGUUAAUGUACACGGGUACUGUGAUGAAACCCCCUUACACGACGCCGCCUUUAACGGCCAUCCUAAGAUAGUGACAUUGCUGUUACAAAACGGAGCAAACCCACUUCUUAAAAACAAAAGCGGUAAAGUCCCCCACGAGAUUGUGGACAAUGAGCCGAUCAAAGAGAUGUUACUUAUCGCUGUCGCUACUGCAAGGGUGUCUACAACCGUUAAAGUGGAGGGUGACCCACUGGCUACUUACAAUGCUGAAAAGCUGGAGCAGGACAACAGGAAUGUAACAUCUGAGUUGGUCAAGGAGUCGACCGUCACCCCUAAACAGCUGUUCAAAUCACCUGUAAAACAGGAGAGAAGUCUACCCAAAAGUGAGUCUCCUCCCGCCUCCUCUGCAGCCCCCUCCUCCGCUCCUCUGCUUCCUCCUUCCUUCCAACUAGAACCUGAAGAACUUCCACCGGAGGUGAAGGUGAAGCUGGAGCCAGAGGAGGUAAAAGAAGAGGAGAUAACAGUUGAUUUAACACCCAUUAAAGAAGAAGUAGAAGAAGAAAAGGAAGAGGAAAAGGAAAAGAAAGAAGUUGAACGACCACCGUACUUCAAGUACAGUUACAUGAUCCCUGAGUCGAAUUGCUCUACAUCGAUCACACAAAACGGUCCAAUCACGCUGUUCGUGGCCCGAAACAAACGCCCUGUGAAGCGAGCCCCCAUGUUGGAGUGUAGAUCACCUCCAACUACCAGAUCCAGAGCUGGGGGUAAACCUGUUGAUAAUACUGAGGCAGAGGAACUGAAAUCUCUGAGCGAGGGGCGCUAUUUAUUAAAGUCAGCCGUGGUAACGCCGCGGAAAAAGUGGCUUCACCAGCAUGCCACCAAGAAACGGCACAUGGGCGACAUCUACGAGCUGCAACGUCGAGGAACACCAGCCGAGCCACCCCUUCCCUCCUGGAUCACCAGCUCAAUGCUUCACACCAAAAAGUACCUGCUUCAAAGCUCGGUGGCAGGUAAGAUAGAUGAACAGACAGAAGAAAGACCUCACACUGAACACAUACCCCCCAUUAUGAAAGAAGAAGUGGGGCAGAUGAAACGCGACAACUGCCUGUUAUCGUGUAAACACGUCGCAGACAAAGAGAGACUGUUACAGCAGCACGACCAGUCAAUGCUCCGUGUCCGGCGACAAUCCAUCAUGAAGCAUCCUACACCGAGCGCCUGCAGUAUUCUGUUACAGCAGCAGAGUUGUGAAUAUUCCAAAAAACUUCAAACUGUGUCGUAUGACGUGAACAAUGAACAGUUGCUUCUGGCUAUGGGAGAGAAGGUCUUGAAGACGUUUACAACCUUAGCAGAAAAGCUCCAUCGGCGUCACCAACAAGAAGCUGACACACAAUACGCCACUCAGCGUUUUAGUUGGGUCAACAAUAUACACAAAUACGGUCUCUACGAUAUGCCCAUAUUAGGUAACCUAGACCUGUGGGUGGAAAGGGUGAUAGUGACCAAGUUAAAACCUCAAGUUGAAUACUACGACGAGUACGAUCCUUCAGAUAGUGACGAAUCUAACAGAUAAUAUUCUUUGAUUCCUUCGACUAAUGAUUGUUUGCAGAAAACUCUAGAUUGUUGUGAGCACACUGCUUGUUGUUCGUCGAGGGACCUUCUUUGAUUGGGUAGCUUUUGAUUAUCAAAAUUAAAACCAAAUACAUCAGCGGCAGUAGGGCACUUGAAAUAGCGACUGAUUUUGAUUUGAGUAUUAUG